AUGCGUGUGAACAUGCAACCUUUCUAUUAAAACAUCUGUAGUUUUCAUUCAUUGUGUCAAUUUCUUCCCCCCCUUAAUCUUCAGCUAUCCAUUGUGUUAUCUUUAUCCAUGGAGUCUGCAGUUUCUUGGUGGUUCCAGUCUUCUAAUAACUCGUGGAUUCUUAUAUUCUUAUCUAUAAUCAUGAUUAUCUUUUUAGCCCUUUUCAUACUGAAGAAAAGGGUAUAUUGUAACUGUGAGACUUGUCAAACUUACAUUAAUUCAAGUUGGAAAAUCCAAUUUGAUAACCUCUGUGAUUGGUACACUCAUUUGCUUCAAAAAUCUCCCACUCGCACGAUUCAUAUUCAUGUUCUUGGUAAUACUAUAACAGCAAAUCCCGACAACGUAGAAUAUAUGCUAAAAACCAGGUUUGAUAAUUUCCCAAAAGGAAAACCUUUUUCGGCAAUCUUGGGUGAUUUCUUGGGCAGAGGCAUAUUCAACGUGGAUGGAGAUUUGUGGAGGUUUCAAAGAAAAAUGACCAGUCUUGAACUUGGUCGUGUUUCAGUUCAAAAAUACGCUUUUGAAGUUGUUCAUCACGAGAUUGAUGAACGGCUGUUACCCCUUUUAGCAUCUGUCGCAGGUAAAGAAGAUGGAAUAUUGGAUUUACAAGACAUUUUUAAAAGAUUUUCCUUUGAUAGUAUUUGCAGAGUUUCAUUUGGGUUGGACCCAAAGUGUCUUCAUCUAUCCCUCCCAAUAACAAAAUUCGCAGCCGCCUUCGACCUAGCAUCGAAGCUGUCGGCCGAAAGAGCCAUGACGGCAUCGCCACUUCUUUGGAAGAUGAAGAGGUUGUUCAAUAUUGGAAGCGAGAAAAAACUCCGUCACGCAAUAGAGAAAAUCAACUUGUUAGCUCAUGAAGUCAUUAGGCAAAGGCGAAAAUUCAGGUUUUCCGAGGAGAAAGAUCUUCUUUCAAGAUUUAUGGGCACUAUAAGUGAUGAAAAGUACCUUAGGGAUAUUGUGAUAAGCUUCCUCUUGGCUGGCCGUGAUACGGUGGCAUCAGCCUUGACGUGCUUUUUCUGGGUGAUGGCAAAGCACCCCGAGGUGGAGGCAGCUAUUCUGGUCGAGGCUGAUCGAGUAAUUGGCCAAAACGAAGAACUCACAAGCUACAAGCAACUCAAAGAACUUCACUAUUUGCGUGCAGCAGUAUAUGAGAGCAUGAGAUUGUAUCCACCAAUCCAAUUUGAUUCAAAAUUCUGUUUAGAAGACGAUAUUUUGUCAGAUGGUACUUCCGUGAAAAAGGGCACUAGGGUUACUUACCAUCCCUAUGCAAUGGGCAGAAUGGAAGAGAUUUGGGGGUCAGAUUGCUUGGAAUUCAAGCCAGAAAGAUGGUUGAAGGACGAAGGCGUUUUCUUUCAAGAAAAUCCUUUUAAGUACCCAGUUUUUCAAGCUGGAGUUAGGGUCUGUUUAGGUAAAGAAAUGGCACUUGUGGAGCUCAAAAGUGUUGCACUUUCAUUGCUGAGGAGGUUUCGUAUUGAACUAGCCCAACCGCAGACCACUCCGAAGUUCUCUCCAGGCCUCACUGCCACUUUUAAGGGCGGUGUGCCGGUCUUGGUCCGACAACGUCCGGCUCUAUCCUAGUACACUUCAAGGAUUAGUGAACAGCAUCCAGCAAUUCUUCAUUAAUACUGUCUAUUGAUUCAAGCAUGCCCAUUUCUACAAACCUUAAAUUAAGGUGAUCCAUGAGUAGAAAAUAGUAUGAUUUCAAUAUCAAGAUGCCAUAUAAUUGUUAUUGCUUAUUAGUAAUUUUUAGUGUUGUUUUCUCGUGCAUAGAUUGGUUUUGCAAUUGCCCACUGGUGCUGUACAUCUGGAUGUGCAUAUGAACUUGUAGAUGUGCAUUAAAUGUACGGAAAUGUGCAUAUAUAAUAUAAGAUGUAUAAUGGUAUCAAAAUUUGUGGAAAUUCCAAAUAUUUAAAACUUUUAUUAAUU